GUAUCAAUAACAAAAACAAUUAUCAAUAAAAAAUCAACUACGCAUACUAAGUGCAAUGAUUUGACUGUAAUGGCAAAUAGCUCCAGCUCCGAUGAAAGCUCCAAAGCACCUGAAAAUUUUCAAUUAUCAAGCGCAUCCACAAACGAGGACGAGGACGAUGUCAAUGUCUGUGAUGGCGUUGCUUACAGAAAGAAGCAUCCAAAUUGCGAUGUGCGCGUAAAGCCAACAGCUGGUGGCGCCUCCACAGGUCUGCGCUGUCCACUGUGUUGCAGGCACCAACGACGGCUCCAUUGUCGGACUUGUGUCAAAAAUGGAAAUAUUACCCAUAGUUCUGCUGAAGAAUCCGAAAGCCUUACGGAGAAACAGCAGAAAUAUAUAAACCUGCAGGCGGGCCUGAAGAACUACAGCAAUCGGUAUGAGCACCUCAUACAGCAGCAUAAGUGUAAAGAGAAUCGCAUGAUAGCGAUCCGUGCGAAACGGGAGCAGCUGCAGCUACUGCAACAGCUGAUCGGCAGCACAACGCAACGGCUGCAAAUGCUAAGCGAGCAGAGGGAUGAACUGCGUCAUGCCAAUGCUGAGAAACGCAAAAACCUGCCCAAGUAUCCCACCAAGGUGAAGAUGCUGGAAGACUAUGUGAUCGAUCGCUCUAUGCGCAUUGAUAAGCUGCGCCAACAGCACAUGAGUCUGUUAGACAGCAUCAAGCAGACAGCCCGCCGUGACAUCAAACAGCUUGUCACCUACAUAUUUCCCAUAUCGGAGGUUGUGCUGAAGGACGAGCAGCAGCGAAAGGUGUGCGCCGAGCGCAGUGAAGAUGCCGAAACAAUUGCAGCACUGGCCGAUGCCAAAAACACUUCAUAUAUACGCGGCAAAUGGGUGUUCCAUGGCAGCGGCAUCAGCGAAGUGCAAUAUCGCAUAGUGGGACCAUCGUUGCCCGCCAACGGCGACUACUCCGCCUAUCUUGACUGGCUGUCCGACAACAAGGACGAUGUGCCCAAAGCCACGGCCAAUGAGAUAACGCCCAGUCGACUGGAGGCCUAUCGCAUAGUUGGCGCACUCACCUACACGACACAGCUGACGCAGCUGCUCAGCUUCUAUCUGAAUGUGCGGCUGCCGCACAAGAUUGCCUACGGCGACUUCUGCCGCAAGCUGCUCAACGAGGAGCAGUUUCUGCGCAAGGUUUGUCGCCUUAACAACAACAUCAUGUAUCUGGCCUAUUCGCAACAAGUGAAGCUGCGCGCGCUCAACGAACAGCAUACGCUCGAAAAUAUACUGGCCAUCUUGGAUCUAGAUCGCAGCGAUUUGGGCCGUUACGGUCAUUUGGAUGUGACCAAUGCGCCGCUCAUGAAAUCCGUGGACUCGCUACUCAUUGGAAUUGAGACGACUACGGAAUCUGAAUCUGAAGAUGAGAGUUCGUUGCGUCUGGACUGGGAGGCAGUGCCGAGCGUCAGCGUGUCUCAACCAGAACUCACAGAGUCCAAUCUGAUACCUGCGGUGGCACAACAAUCCACCAUAGCCAUGGCGGCCAAUCGCAUCACCUCAAUGCUUCGCUGGAUCAAGUGAACCACUUACCUGGUUGCGUGCGUGUGUUAUAUCUCUUCAAAUAGGUUAGGUUGGUUUGGGCUCAAUGGGCCGUAGAGCGGGGAGCCUUCAUGAGAUAACCAUCCAUAGAAAUUAUGUAAAAUAUAACCAAUGGAAAUGUCUCCCCGAAUGUAUGAGAAUUAUUGUCACAGUUUUCUUGGGUGUUAAUGAUGGCUGCUGUUUUUAUGUGCAUAGAAGGAACUAAUUUUGAGUAGACUACGCGCUUUUGUUUUAUUUUUUAUU